UUGAUCGAAAACAAUGGGGUUCCCCGAACGAAACCUAUAUAAUGUAUACUGAGCGGCCUUUGUACAGACGUAUGGUCAGACGGGUAACAGGGCUUCCUCAUUUCCUCCUAUUGGCAUAUGAGGAAACGACCACCACUGGCAAGUACGUUCUACCACAAGCUACUCACCACCAUGCUUGUGAUCCUGAUAUUGCUGGUCGACAUUGUGUCCGCUACAUCUCAGACGACACCUGCUACACCAAACGUCGAGUGUAGGGGGCACAGUCGGAAGUACAAAACGUUUGACGGAGACGGGAACCCUGUGUGCGUACCCUGUUCCUCCUGUUCUCCCGGGUACGGCGUCCUGAGACCGUGUACAGAGUACCAGGACACGGUGUGUGAGCCCUGCGAGCCGGGGAAGACUUUCUCUGGUACUGACAGUCCAUGGAGGCGGUGCGAAUCGUGCGUCCAAUGUGCUGCCCACGAAGUGAGGAGACGAGAGUGUACCCCAGCCAGGAAUGGGAGAUGCGGCUCUUGUGAAACAGGCUGGUUCCAUAACGAGAUAACAGGAGACUGUGAUGUCUGCUCCUGGUGUUAUCCUGAAUACCCGGCUAUCACCGACUUCGUGAGCGAGUGUAACGUGACGGGGGUGGCCACAGGCUUCCAGUGUGCGCCAAUCAUCGAUGCGCCUUACCCUCCUCCGCAGGAACACAUGCAUCUUACAACGGAGGGAACAGGUCAUCCGACAGAGCGACUAGAGUAUCAUCACCUUGUUGAAUACGUGGGUGAAGAAGACCACUCACAUGGAGCCAACAAAGAGCUAGACUUGACGACACAUUGUACAUCGACUGAUACUCCCCCAGUCUCCAAAGACAUCACCACUGAACGUCUCAGAGGGCCAGUGCCCAUGCGCACGCCACAGGUGUCUCCGGCGCCUCGAAUCGAAGUGUCCAAUGGGCUGCUGGCUGGUCAGUCGGGACAAGAUCAUCAGAACACAAGUCCUUCAGCCUUGCCUGUUGGCGCUGUUGUUGUUGGUAUCGCUGUGGCAGUUUUAAUCUUAAUCGUCGUAAUCUUGGUUGUGUAUUCUAUCAAGAGUCGGAAAAGAGCCUGUCUUGUGAAAGGAAAUGAAGGUUUGAUAGAGUUGACGGUUUCGGAGAGUCCGACGGACAAAACCCCUUUGGUAGAAAACCAUGAAGCUCCGUCCUUUCAAAACACAAUGUCGACUGUUAUCAUUUGAUAAGUGACAAAGUCAACUGAAUCACACAGUGCCUACGUACAUGACAGUUUGUACAAUUGUACAAUUGAAGCGACACGGAAAAAUUAAGCCCGCGAGAAUUUAGAUU